AUGAAGUUCUCGACAUCGAUCCAGGCGUACCACGCUUCAUCCCAGAGCCGCCAGAGCAAGCCUGCAACGGCGCCGGUCGAUAUCACCGUCUCGCUUCCCUCUUGCCAAGACGGGUCCACGGAUCUGCUCAAGUCCCUCGAAAGCUGGUUCCAACUGGCUGUAUUUCGGUUCGAAAUCACCUCGGGGGUCUAUAUGAUGGAGCCUUGGGAAAAGAUCACUUUCUACGGUCUGAUGUUCCUGUUCUUUGCCCUGGCGACCAAUGCGAUUUACCACCACAUGCCCUCCUGGACACCCUUAGCCGGCCCAAGCUAA